AUGUCCAUCUAUCGACUUGAACAAAAUCUUGUUUUUAUUCUUAUUGGUCAAUUAGGCGGCCAGAGGCGUCAACAAAAGCGUAAGCGUAAAUUUACCUACAACUUGCCCUCGAUGCGACGGGAAAAAGGCACAGCCUGGAACUGGCGUCGUUACUUGUCCGAAUUGCAGGGAUGUCAAGGCAGUGGCCAAAUAAUUCGUUACCCGUGCGUAGAAUGUCAAGGGACUGGUCGAGUUGUGGAUAAGAAAGUAAUUUCAAUUGCCGUUCCUCCCGGUGUUGAAGAUGGCCAAACUCUUAGGGUUUCUGUUAACGGUGUACGGGGCUUUACCUCUCAAGAAAUUUUCGUAACAUUUAAUGUUGAACGCAGUCAAUAUUUCCGCCGAGAUGGAGCUGAUAUACAUUCUGAUAUCACUAUAUCGUUGGCUCAAGCUUCGCUUGGAGGCCAAGUUCGCGUACCUGGAAUUCAUGGUCAAAUGUUAGUUAAUUGA